CUCCAACAAGCUCAGCUGUUGUAUUAUUUUGAUCGCUAAGGUGUUGAAUCAUAUAAUUUGCUUGGUAUAAUCUCCGACUUGUCCGGCACAUUACAAAUUGUGUGUUAGGUUGUUGCUUACCUUGAAUGCGCGCGUAUUCUCCUGAAGCUCCAACAAACCAAGCGCGCGAUCCAUUGCCGUCGCUGUUUCUGUAUAAUUUGAUGCGUGGCGGGGCUCGUCCGCCGGGCCAUCCAAUGCUGUGUGGAUGCACCCAUUAAACCCUUUUCUCCGUGCCUUCUUCCGCAGCACUAUCCCGGCACAAUGCGUGCCCAUCCAGAACCAUGUCCUUCUUGUACCCAUCACUGAGUCGCUUGUAAAUGGCCGAGACCGAGAUUCGAACCUCGCGUACGGCGAUAUCGUCACGUCCGAGGAGUUCCUGGGCAGCCAUGUCUUGCGGAUUACUUCCCCUAUUGGAUCGCCCGCAAGUAAGGAUGGCUCAAGCGUUCGGGACAGUAGGGGGAAGGCAAGACAGAUCACAACAGUGAAUGGCCGGACUGUAGUUAUCAAGGAAACCACAGUGUUUAGCAAUAAAGGAUUUAAGACCCUAAACCAGGCCCAGUUGCUUUCAGAUGUCCUUUAUUAUACCUCGAAUAACGAAUCACAGCCAUGGCUGAUCUACUAUAUAUCGAACCCGCUUAUUGGCUCUUUUCAGGCUGUCAGAAUUACCCCAGCGGUCGUCCCUGGGCUUAUCACCAAGCCUUGGGAGUCUCCUAAAUCGGAAAGUCAUAAUGUGAACCAAGUGUCGCAUUUCUCAAAGAAGGAUAUAAAAUCAUUCGCGGAAUUGCUCGCCAAUUUUCCAAUGAUCGCAAGACAAAUGCAGCCUGGUUUAGAUAGAGUGUUUCGGGAAUUUGGCAAAGAGCUCGGGAAACCAUUACCACCUCCACCCUCUGUAUCUCCAGCCAUGUCAAAUAAUGAAGCAUGCGGUGGCGAGACUGAGGGAAAUGAAGCUUGGCGAAGCAGAUCACCUACUGGCAAAUCGCAUAUGAACCAAGAGAGCCUUCCUUUCAACUCUUCAGAAUAUUUCGAGGACGAUGAAGACCUUAUGAGACGGGCUUUGGAAACUGCAGUAACGUCAGCAAUUGAUCUAUUUCGACUUGUGGAUAAGCAACAACUUUCCUUGCUGGGAGCGACAACAGAUCUUACCGGCCCGCUGGUUGAGCGUCUUAUCGAAAAAUAUGUGGCACAGCAAGUCCAUGAUUCACUCCUAUUUCCGCGCCUUUGCGGCUACCGCCAAGCGGAAGAUGCAGAGUUAGACGCUCGUAUCCAUCAAAUGGAGAAUAUUGAUAUUUCGCAAGUUGGAAUUGUGAUUGAAGGCGGUCGCCAAGGGAAACAGGAACUUAUUCUCCGCCUUGGAAGAGGUGUGGAUGAAUUUCGAAAGAUAGCCGACGUAAAAUGCCCGCAAGAUAUGCUUGAGAUUUUGCUGGCAACUAUUAAACUUGUGACUAUAAUGGAAAAUCCUAUUGUCCAAAGUGGCGAGAAUUCACAUGGUCACUCCGAGAAACACCCCGCUGUGCUUGCAAUAAACGCAGAUGUUUUGGUUUCGUUGUUACUUGUGGUUAUUAUCCGGUCACAAGUUCGGCACCUCCAGGCUAGACUUUUGUACAUGCAACAGUAUAUAUAUACUGAUGAUGUUGAAAGUGGAGAGCUUGGAUACGCUCUAAGCACAUUCGAAGCGGUAUUAACAUAUCUUUUGAGAGACUCCAGUGCUCUAAGACGGGCGAGCUCUCGAAACAAACGGCUUUGGACAGCGACCAAAAAGGGAAGAGUUUCGGAGAUAAAGGCGAUAUUGGACCCGGAUAGCUCUCAAGACAGCCCUGCUGACGGUUCUGGCGAUGAAGAUGAGGUUUCAAGUCUUUCGAAAAAUGCAGAAUCUGGCACAACCCAGGAUAAUUCUAUUCAUUUGAAUGGCACCACUCCCGAGCCAUUGAGUCAAAGCCUACCGGAGAUCCCCGACACACCAUCAUUAGCUCACGUCUUUCCGUUUCAGAACUGGUCCCAAGUCUCUUCCUCAACCUUCGAAACCCCAUCGCGGAAGAAGGUUUCUAUGGACCUGCGGAGCCUUUCAGAGUCAUCGACUGUUUCAUACCUUUCUCGAACAACGUCUGUCGGUUCAACAAGUGCAUUGGAAGGAGAUACGUCCAUCGAGAACCUGACAAAGACCCAGGAUCCAGCAGGCGAUUCUGUUCCAAUGAUGGCAGUGGAAGCCCGCCAGCCUGAGUCACUCAAGUACCUGCUUAGCCGGGACGACUUUUACCCCUUGGAGAGCAUAUUGGAGGAUACUAAUAGUGAUGGAACGACAUUGCUAAGUGCCGCUGUGCAGCUAGCACACACUGAACUGGUCGAUAUAAUUUUGGAUUUCAUAUCCCAAGCUCGCGAUUCUCAGCUUCUUGCCUCGUAUUACGCUAAAGCUGAUAGAAGAGGUCGGACGGUCGCCCACUAUCUUUUCAGCGUUCCUACGCUCAUAUCUCGACUGGGAUGUGCACUUCCCUGGCGGCAGAGGGACAAAAAUGGCCAGACGCCUCUUUUUGCCCUUUGUAGGUCCUAUGAUCACCCCGAUUACAGCCCCAUGGUGAAUGAAGCAUUGACAGUCGCACAAGAGGCACAAGGUGACGCCAAGCCUUUGAGGUUAGAGGACCAUGUGGAUGGCAAAGGGAACACUCUCUUACACGUCGUUAGUGACCCACAGUUAAUUGUGAGGAUCCUCAAAGAAUGUGACUGUGACCCAAAUGCUACUAAUGAUAAAAGAUUCACACCGUUGAUGAUGGCAAGCAAGUAUGGCCGUAUCGAUCUCGUACGAACAUUUUUCGGAGAUCCACGAGUUGACGUCAAUGUUCGAGAGAUGCGUGGGCUCACUGCAGUCGAGCUAGCGAAGGAUGAUGAAGUGCGUAAUCGAAUCGACGAUUUAAUCCUUUUUUCCAGUGCUUCCUCGGCUCCGCUUGAUUCUUCAGGGCGAAUUACCACCGUUGUCCGUUCAUUAUUUGUUGAAGAUGCUAGCGUCCGUUUUAUCAUUAAAUCCGGAGCACCCAAUCCUGAAAGGCCGCGUUCAUCAUCGCGAGGCGUUGUAACAUACACAAUAACGACCUGUCGCCGGAGCAUAUCCGAUUUCGAGAACCUCAUAAAAUUCCUCAGAGUCGAGCACCCAGCCUCAUACAUUCCAGAACUACCUCCCUUCCGCACCCCAUUUCAAAUCCCAUCCAAACCUUCUAGAGCAGUUCUUCACGAAGUUCAGGCGCGUUUAGACCUCCUUUUGAAAAUUCUAUUAGCUCACCCUACAUUUUCAACUCAUGAAAUGCUUUGGGAAUUCUUCCUAGUCCCGGAAAUGCAAACCGAAAUGAUAGAAGACAGGUCACGCAGGAAAGCAGAUGCCCUUGCUGAGACAAUUUCCGACGACUACGAACCCGUGACCAAAGAAGGAAUUCGAGACGUCGAGCAGGUCGUUUCUCAUGCCCAGGACGCAGUCCGCGCCGUUAGCGCCGCCACUCGCAGCCUCCUUCGACGCGGCCAUAUCCUCCAGCAUGCAUAUUCCGACCUGGCAGACUCUAUCAUCCUCUGCGCAUAUGCCAUCUCCUCGCUGCAACCCCCAUCAAAUUCCCUUCCAACGUCGCACGUGGAAACCUUCGCCCGCUAUGCGGCCUGCAUCUCAACUUCCUCCGUCGAUUCGUCCCCGCUGGUCCAAUUCCUCACUGCCCUGACGUCAUCGCACAGCACCACGAGCGCAAUGCUCAAUGCGCUCUCGCGGCCUGUAAAACUCAUCUCUAAUCUCAAUGCUGAAAUUCGCGGCCUGACACGCGCCCAUUCAUCCCUGGCGUCCUCGUCUCUCCCGCUAAAAUUCAACUUCCCAGGCCUCGAGGAAUCGCGGCAGAGAUCAGUGCGCGAUCUGGAACGGAAAAUCUCCGAAUCGACAGCGGAGGCUGAACAGCUAGAGAAAGAGAUUGCAUGGAAUAAGGAUGUUGUUGUGGGAGAGCUGGCUGGGUGGACGGCCUGGCGGGAAAAGGUGGGGAGGGAUGCGAUUCGAGCUUUUGUCAAAACCACAUUAGUUAGGGAGAAGGAGAGGGGGAGGGGUUUGGAGAGGUGUUUGAGAAGUGUUAGGGGUGGGUAGGGCUAGCGAUAUUUUUUUCUCAAUGGUUAUUAGAGCGGGAAAUUAUGGUUAUUUAUUUUUUAUUUUUUUUAACUUCUGGACUGGGUUUACUUUACUCUUAACCUUCAUGUAUGUCGUUUUUCAUGUUCUUUUAUGUUUUUACCUAGGGCAAGUCUUCAUUUAAAUUAAGCCUACCGUUUCUCUCUGCAUUCGUACUUUCUUCAGCCCUCCAGGUGAAAUUUAUUCUUCCUCCUAAUAGCCGUCUGUUCAUGUUUGGACAAUGGAUGUUUUGUGUUAAGAGUAGUCCAAUCGAUGCUGCAUUAUGUAUAGACAGGUGCCAUCGGGAUCUAGUUUUCGCUCCCUCUACGGAGCAUCAUUUCAUUGAGCUAGCACAAAUAGAUCCCUGCAGAAGCUGCAAAAGAGUGGGAUUUGUUAUCCGAAAGGAAAAUGUGUACAUUUAUUCAAUGCAGGUGAUAAUCGAGCCUGUGUGUUACGUCGAAAACUUCGGCGCUCCCCUACUCAGAAUAGCCAUACUUGCAGCUAUAAAUAGUAGGAAAUAUAUAACAAAAAUAUACAGAUAGGG